UUGGGUUAUUAUAAGGAUUUACUUGUUUUUUAUAAGGAUAUAAUAUGGUGUCAUUAAGUAAUUUAAAUAAGGCAUUUAGUGUAGAAAUUGAAGAUACAACUAUUCAGCCUAUGCAUCAAGGAAACUUAGAUCUUCAACGUCGGCUUUUACAGAAAAAAGUUAUUUAUGGAGGAAAUAUAGCAUCUCCAACGGAUGAUCUUAUGUCUCCUACUACGGCCAAGUUGCAAGCUCAUAAACAAAAAUACUAUGGAAAGGCAAAACCUCAGUCAUUACAGAAUAUGUUUACUCAAAUGCAAUCUGGUUUAGAAGAGCAUCCUAUUUAAAUGUUGUUUUGAAUUCUAUAUUUUUUGAUUUAUUUAAAAUGUUU